CACUCUCUCCACGACCAGCGACAACAACGACACACCUGCAAAGCGUCCUGCUCUCUCCCAUACUCGUCUGCCCACUCCAAACUCCACUAGACAUAUGUCUGACGACGCAAUUUCCGACUACUACUCUGACGAGGAGAUGGAGUACAACUACUCCGAUCCAGAGCAGGACGGCGAUGACGCAGAUCUAGAGAACGAGGAGGAGGAGGACUAUGCCCAGUUCACCCCUGCUGUCCUGGGGAAGCGUCCUCUUCCUUGGGAGGUCGAGUACGAGAGCCUCGAACCCGACAAGCUCCGCGAGAUCGUCAACAAAGAUGUCGAGCAUGUUGCUGGGAUUUUUGGUGUUGAGCCUGAGAUCGCUCGAGCUCUUCUGCGUCACUAUAAGUGGAACAAAGAGAGGCUCAUCGAGCAAUACAUGGACGGUCCUGAACGAGUCCUCGCCGCUGCUGGUCUUCCCGCUCAGUCUGGAUUACCAUCGUUCUCUAACUCUCGCUCUCUCGCAGCAACGAAGAAGCCUGCAACCAAAUCCAAGUCGUUCUCUUGCCCAAUCUGCGCCUCUACCCAACCAGGCGAGUCAGCUAUGGCUCUCCCAUGCGGGCACACGUUCUGCAGCGAGUGCUGGGAGAUGUACAUCACCUCCAAGAUCAAGGACGAGGGGGAGUGUGAUGUUCGAUGUAUGGAAGAGGGUUGCGCGAUCCGCAUUCCGACCGCGUGGAUGAAGAAGUUGCUGGACAGUCAUACCUAUGCCAGGUAUCAAGAACUGCUUUUGGCCGCAUAUGUGGCCGACAACAGAAACUUCGAAUUCUGUCCCUUCCCGUCCUGCGACCUUACAGUCAUGACACCGAACUUCUCACCUACACCCUCUGCACUCUCCACCACCGUCCCAACAGUGCACUGCGGGCACGGGCACACUUUUUGCUUCGGCUGUGGCGAACAGCAGGACCACCGUCCGCUCAUCUGUGCUGUCGUCAAGAUGUGGCUCCGCAAGUGUGCGGAUGACAGCGAGACAGCCAACUGGAUCAAGAGCAAUACUAAGGAGUGCCCCAAAUGCGUGAGUACCAUCGAGAAGAAUGGAGGGUGCAACCACAUGACCUGCAAGAAGUGCAAGCAUGAAUUCUGCUGGGUAUGUAUGGGACCGUGGACAGAGCAUGGCACAGCAUGGUAUAACUGCAAUCGAUACGACGAGAAAGCUGGUGUAGACGCGCGCGAUGCCCAAUCGCGGAGCCGUGCGAGUUUGGAGCGGUACCUUCAUUAUUAUAAUCGUUACGCGAACCACGAGCAAUCCGCUCGCUUAGACAGGGAGCUGUAUGCUAAGACGGAGAAGAAGAUGGAGGAGAUGCAGAUUGCUUCUGAGCUGACGUGGAUUGAGGUGCAGUUCGCCAAGCGCGCUGUCGACGAGCUCGUGCGCUGCCGCACUACUCUUAAAUGGACGUACGCGAUGGCAUUCUACCUCGAGAAGAAUAACGAAACGAUCAUGUUUGAAGACAACCAAAGGGAUCUUGAGCGCGCAGUGGAGGAGCUCUCUGAGCUACUUGAGAGCCCCAUCGAGCCUAUGACUAUCACCGAACUGCGAUCAAAGAUGACCAAUUUGACCGUUUAUGUUCAGAAGCGGAAUGAGAUCAUGCUCAACGAUACCGCUCAGAAGUACCAAGAUGGGGCUUGGAUAUGGAAUGUUUCAGUUCCGGACUUCUAGAUCGGGGGUGUAUACCUCUAUUUUACCCCUAGCACGAUUAUUCCACGCCCAUUGCGCAACGCCUCGGACCCGUGCACAUUUCCCUUUCCUUUCCAUCCUUUACGUUUCCUCUCAUUCCCUUCAUUUCUCGUUCCGUAUUUACCUUCUUUCCUCCUACCGCAUGCCACACUAGCCACUCCAUCCACCCCAUC